CCUUCCCACGCCCCAGUGCGCUGUGGGAUAGUGGCACUAUAAAGUAUAUCCUCUCUCGGAGAAAGAUAAGAAGCCCGAGACAGGAGGGGGAUGAAGAUGGCGGACGCCAAGCAGAAGAGGAAUGAACAGUUAAAGCGCUGGCUGGGCUCGGAAACGGACCUGGAGCCUCCUAUUCUGAAAAAGAAGAAGACGAAGGUGAAGUUCGAUGAUGGCGCCGUGUUUCUGGCCGCCUGCUCAAGCGGCGAUACCGAGGAGGUGCUCCGAAUGCUUGACCGGGGCGCUGACAUCAACUACGCCAAUGUUGACGGUCUCACCGCCCUCCACCAGGCAUGCAUAGAUGACAAUGUUGACAUGGUGACUUUCCUGGUGGAGCAUGGAGCCAGCAUCAACCAGCCUGACAACGAGGGCUGGAUCCCCCUCCACGCUGCAGCCUCCUGCGGAUACCUAGACAUAGCAGAGUAUCUCAUCAGCCAGGGUGCCAAUGUAGGCGUUGUAAACAGCGAAGGUGAGACACCUCUGGACAUUGCUGAAGAGGAGGCAAUGGAGGAGCUCCUGCAGAAUGAGAUCAACAGACAAGGGGUGGAUAUCGAGGCAGCCCGGAAAGAGGAGGAGCGGGUGAUGCUGAGGGACGCCCGGCAGUGGCUCAACAGCGGCCAGAUCCAAGAUGUCCGGCACGCCAAGUCCGGAGGAACGUCACUUCAUGUAGCUGCUGCGAAGGGAUACGCAGAGGUUUUAAAGCUUUUAAUCCAAGCAGGGUAUGAUGUAAAUAUUAAGGACUAUGAUGGCUGGACUCCUCUACAUGCAGCAGCACACUGGGGCAAAGAGGAGGCAUGUAGGAUACUGGUGGAGAAUCUAUGUGACAUGGACCUCAUUAAUAAAAUGGGCCAGACAGCUUUGGAUGUAGCCGACGAAGAUGUUCUGGGAUACUUAGAAGAACUACAAAAGAAACAAAAGCUGCUGAUGAGUGUGGAGAAAGACGUUAAGAAAUCUCCUUUGAUUGAAACAACAACCACCGGGGAUAACAACCAGUCACUGAAACCACUCAAUAGCAAAGAAACACUGCUUCUGGAGCCAGAAAAGAGCGCCCCACGCAUAGACACCUUAGAACCGGAGAAGGUGGAUGAAGAAGAGGAUGGGAAGAAGGACGAAUCAAGCUGCUCCAGUGAGGAAGAGGAUGAUGAAGAUUCGGAGUCGGAGACUGAAGCAGACAAGAGCAAGCCUUCAGCAUCAGUGAGCAACAACACAGCGCCCACCCCGACCACAGUCACCGUGUCAUCUCCAACUAGCCCAACCAACCAGGUGACGACCCCCACUUCACCGGUAAAGAAGGUCCCUCAGCCUGCUGGAAAGGCCUCAACUAAAGUGGAGGAUGAUAGGAAGGACGAAUCGCCAGCAUCGUGGCGGCUGGGUUUGAGGAAGACGGGCAGCUAUGGGGCUCUGGCAGAGAUCACAGCUACCAAGGAGGCUCAGAAGGAGAAAGACACAACUGGGGUGAUGCGCUCAGCCUCGAGCCCUCGCCUGUCGUCCUCCCUGGACAAUAAAGAUAAAGAGGAAAAAGAUAAAGGGACCCGGCUUGCCUAUGUGGCCCCUACCAUCCCCAGGAGACUGGCCAGUACUUCAGACAUUGAUGAGAAGGAAAACAGGGACUCUACUUCUCUGAUACGUAGUGGCUCAUACACUCGGCGACGCUGGGAUGACGACCUGAAGAACAGCGAAGGAAGCGCCUCCACCAACCGAACCCCCAGCUAUCAGCGCAGCACGUCCCAUACGCUAGCACUAGGGCGGAGCGGCAGCAUGCGGGACGUGCCAGCCAAGUCUUCGUCCACCUCCAGCUUGGACCCUAACAACAGUAAUACUAAACCCUGGCAGCCACCCUCCUCCCACUACCAGUCUUACAGCAUUUACCGCAGCGGCUCUUUCGGCAGAAGACAAGAGGACUUGAGUUCUUCAACCACCUCCCCCACGACCACCACCACCACCUCCUCAUCUGUUACCUCGCCUACAGGCCAUCGGGGCCUGCUCUCCAGCCUGGGCUCCUCCUCCACCCGCACUGGCUCCACCAGUCUCACCAGCAGGUACUGGUCAGAGGAGAGUGCAGAGAAGGAGAAGGAGUCUGCUGCGGUCAUCCCCACUAUAAACACUGGCUCUACUACGACCACCGCAUCUACCACUACCGCCAUAUCUACCACUGGCACCGGCACCGGCUCUGAAAGACGCAGGUCAUACCUGACGCCAGUGCGAGACGAGGAGUCAGAGUCCCAGAGGAAAGCUCGCUCCAGACAGGCUCGACAGUCAAGGAGGUCCACCCAGGGUGUGACUCUGACUGACCUGCAAGAGGCUGAGAAAACGAUCGGAAGGAGUCGUACCCCAAAGACCUGGGAGGAAGAGAAGGAGGAGAAAGAGAAGCAGGACAAGGAGAAGCAACAGGAGGAAAAGAAGGAGAUGGAGACUAAGGAAGACGAUUACCGGUCGAAGUAUCGCAGCUUCGAAGAGCGCUACCGGCCUUCAUCUUCCUCCUCCGCCAUUUCUACAGUCAGCACAGCCUCCACCCCGUCCUACUCUAGCACCACAUUUUCCUCCAGUUCCAGCUCCCUCAACAGGCCCAACAGUCUGACGGGGAUCACCUCCUCCUAUAGCCGUUCCUCCAGGGAUACGGAAAAAGAAAUGGACAAAAAGGAGGAGGAGAAGGAGGGAGAGGACAAGUCUCAGCCCCGCUCCAUACGGGAUCGCAGGCGGCCCCGCGAGAAGAGACGCUCCACUGGGGUCUCCUUCUGGACCCAAGAUGGUGAUGAAAAUGACCCUGACCAGCUGUCCGACUCGGAGGAGGGCAGCACCAAAGGAGAGCCACAGAGCGACAGAUUAUCCAGGAAUGAGAGCACUUCAUCCUUAGAUCGCAAUGACACUCUUUUUAGCCGUGGCUAUGGUGAGAGUCGGAGGACAUACUCAAGCCGACUGGAUAGAGACGACACCACUGACUAUAAGAAGCUCUACGAGCAGAUCUUAGCUGAGAACGAGAAGUUGAAGGCCCAGUUACGUGACACAGACCUGGAGCUGGCAGACUUGAAGCUACAACUAGAGAAGGCCACGCAGAGGCAGGAACGCUAUGCCGACCGAUCACAGCUUGAGUUGGAGAAAAGGGUAACAAGCAGACCCCAAUAUCAUCUGGGUGGUGGAAAGAAGAGCUCUAGAAAGGAAGAUUUCUGAGAUGGAGGAGGAACUUAAGAUGCUCCCAGACUUGAAAGCAGACAACCAGAGACUAAAGGACGAGAACGGAGCACUCAUUCGAGUCAUUAGCAAGCUUUCCAAGUAGAACAGACCCUCCCCGCCCCGUCUUCUGCACCCCCUAGUCCCCCAUGGCAGUGACUAAUGGAAUUGCACAUUUAGAUAUUAAUUGCAACAGACAUCAGAGACAAGACUCCUUCUUUCUUUUUUUUCCUCCCCAACUCUGUCUCCCUUUUGCUCCUCCACCACUGCAGCAUCUAUCCAUCCAUCCAUCCAUCUGCCCCCUUGUGCCACCUCCUCGACUAUAAUCCACCCGAUUGUGUGGCUGCUGUCCUGAUAGAACCGCUGAGUUUACAGAGCAAAAGGAAAAAGGGUUGUGUGAUCAGCAUGUAAAAGCAUUGUGGGCGGGGAAGCCUGAAAACUAUUUAACCAAUAAGCCUUAGUUGUACAUAAAGAGAAAAAGGAAAAAAAACACUUGCAUCGAUCUCUUCUCUUCUCUCUGUCACUCUCUCUCGGCUAUCACUGAAGAACAGAUAUUAUCCAACACCUGAUUUUAUUUGUGCCACAAUCUCUGAUGUAAUUUUCUUUUUGUUUCCUCUCCCUGUGUAAGUGUUGUGUGCUGUGCAGUUUCUUCCUCCCUUGCUCUUAAAUCCUUCAAAGUGCCACUUCUGCCCCAUAUCAGCUCCUUGUGGCCUCCCCUAAUUUUUCCUGGUGUUUUUUUUUUUUUUUUUUUUUUUUUCUCCCCCUCCCAACCUAACCCUAACCCCCCCCCCCACACACACACACACACACACACAAACACACAGAUCACCAAAACGCGCACACACACACACACCCGCCCUCUCCCGUUUUUGUACCUCUGUGUGUCUUCCUCCAAGAGGGAAAAUUUUGAAUUCUCGCUUUAGCAAAACGAGGCGGACCUGGUGGAAUUUAAGCUUUCACUGUAUGUGCAAUAUGCAUUUCUUUUUUUUUUUUUUUUUUUUUUGAUGCUUUAAUGAUGAGUCCAUCACAAGUAGGAUUUUUCACUCUUCCACCGCUUCCAUCGCUCACCUUCCUCCUUUUUUUUUUUUUUUUUUUUUUUUUAAGUUUGUAGUGUAGUCAGUUUAUACUCUGUAUUUCUCACUUUGUUUUAGCAGGUACUGAGUGAUGCUGUAUAUACCUGUAUGUAUUUGUUUGAGACCAGCACAUGGCAUGCAUUUACGGUUCCCGUCUGUUACUAUUAAAAAGUAUACAAAUUCCAGAGGACAAAAAGGUGUGUUUUAAUUAUUUUUUCUUUUAUAGUCUAAAGACAUUGGAUACAGUACAUUUAGAGCCUCUCUCUCUUACGCGGGACGGCUGGCAGUGUUCAGUGCUUCCUUUUUUUUUCCAGUUUAAAAUAAGUGUUCACAUAAUUGUGAGAUAAAAAAAUAAAAAUAAAUAUCGCUUCACUACAUUUCACUUUCAUUGUAUUCAGUAUCUUGGAAGAGUGCUGUUAAUUUUGUUUCCAGUUUUUUAAAGCUGUAGUAUUAUAGCCAAGGUGUUGUCACUAAAAACAAAAGAAUAUCUUAGGUAUUGCUAACCCAGUCCUUUUUACAAUGUCUACAUGCACUGUCAAUGCCAUGUGAAGAGUCUUGAUGUCAGGUUAAAGCAAAUCGCCACCAUCAAAUAUUUCAUGCAUCUGAAAACAUUUUAUGCAUUUCAGUGGCCUUUUAAGGAUAUUUUAGUAAAAGAAGUUUUAAAAAAAAGUCACUGCAGAUGGACUGAUGACCAUCUACUCUGGUUAAGACUUUUGUUGUUUUUUUUCUUUAUUUUUUUUCCCGUCAUCUUGUAAAAUAGGUGUGUGGCUUAAUACAUGCAAGCUGUGCUGUGACUACCAACCACUGAAGAGUUCAUUAAAAAUAAACUUGUACAUUGUAAAGUU